AUGAAGAAGCAAUGGCUUCAAUUUGCUUGUGCUUUGGCAUUUUUCUUGAUUGCCACAUGCACUAUGGCUUAUUCACCUUAUAAUUCUUAUGAAUCAUCAGAUUCAACAUAUAAUAAAGUACCAAACACAGUAGUCAAAAGUGAAGACUUCAAGGUACCCUCAGAGUCAGAAAAGGAAUAUGAGUCGUCAUUUUUGUCAAAAAAUGAUUACAAUAAGAACCCAUCAGUUUCAGAAGAUAACUAUAAGAAAGUACCCAUUGUUCCCGAACAUGAAUCGUUCUUGCCAAAGAAUGACUACUACAAGACGCCAUCAUUUUCAGAAGAUAACUACAAAAAAGAGUCAUAUGUUCCAAAGGUACCCUCGAUGACUAAACCAAAAUAUAAGGAGUCAUUUUUGCCAAAAUUUGACUACUUUAAGAAGCCAUCAUUUUCAGAAGACAGCUACAUGAAGACGUCAUAUGUUCCAGAGGUACCUUCGAUGGCUAAACCAAAAUAUAAAGAGUCAUUUUUUCCAAAAUUUGACUACUUCAAGAAGCCAUCAGUUUCAGAAGAUAACUACAAGAAGUUGUCAUAUGUUCCAGAGGUACCCUCGAUGGCUAAACCAGAAUAUAAGGAGUCAUUUUUUCCAAAAUUUGACUACUUCAAGAAGCCAUCAGUUUCAGAAGAUAACUACAAGAAGUUGUCAUAUGUUCCAGAGGUACCCUCGAUGGCUAAACCAGAAUAUAAGGAGUCAUUUUUUCCAAAAUUUGACUACUUCAAGAAGCCAUCAGUUUCAGAAGAUAACUACAAGAAGUUGUCAUAUGUUCCAGAGGUACCCUCGAUGGCUAAACCAGAAUAUAAGGAGUCAUUUUUUCCAAAAUUUGACUACAAGAAGCCAUUAGUUCCAAAAGAUAACUUCAAGAAGGCGUCAUAUGUUCCAGAGGUACCCACAGAGCCUAAACCGGAAUACAAGGUGCCCUCAGUGCCUAAAGAAGAAUACAAGGUACCUUCUUUGCCAAAGAAUGAUUACUACAAGAAGCCAUCAGUUCCAGAAGAUAACUACAAUAAGGUACUAUUUGUUCCAAAGGUGCCCUCAAUGACUAAAGAAGAAUACAAGGUGCCUUCUUUGCAAAAAACUGACUACUACAAGAAGCCAUUAGUUUCAGAAGAGAACUACAGAAAGGUUUCAUAUGUUUCAAAGGUGCCCUCAGUGCCUAAAGAAGAAUACAAGGUACCUGCUUUGCCAAAGAAUGAUUACUACAAGAAUCCAUCACUUCCAGAAGAAAACUACAAAAAGGUACCAAUUGUUCCAAAGGUGCCCUCAGUGCAAAAUGACUACUACAAGAAGCCAUCAGUUUCAGAAGAUAACUACAAAAAAGUGUCAUAUGUUCCAAAGGUGCCCUCAGUGCCUAAAGAAGAAUACAAGGUGCCUUCUUUGUCAAAUAAUGACUACUACAAGAAGCCAUCACCUUCUCCAUCACCACCACCUCCAUAUUAUUAA